AUGUCCGAACGAGGUCAUUUUCGAGGAGGCGGACGUGGAGGAGGCCAUGGCGGAAACCGCGGCGGUAGAGGCGGCGGCGGAGGUCGAGGCGGUGGCGGAGCCUCUUACCAGUCCAACCAGUCGCACGAGAAGCCCAAGAAGGAAAACAUCCUCGACCUGACCAAAUACGUCGACAAGCAGAUCAAUGUCAAAUUCAAUGGUGGCAGAGAAGUCAUCGGCACUCUUAAAGGCUAUGACCAAUUGAUGAACUUGGUUCUGGAUGAUGUCAAAGAGACCAUGAGAGCAGAUGAUGAAGGGAACGAGACCACCCGGCCGCUGGGACUGGUUGUGGCCCGCGGAACGCUGCUCGUCUUGAUUUCUCCCGUCGAUGGAAGCGAGGAGAUAGAAAAUCCUUUCCAGCAGCCAGCAGAGGAAUAG